UAGGCGUCCUGGAGGGAUCUACCAGCUGGCAGAAACAUACUGCCUGACAGUUGAGGCACUCAAGCCUGGUAGUUGCUGUUGGUGUCCGGACACUUUUAUCCGUCAUUCUGUUAAUGUGGUCCUUCCAUGUCGUCUAUUUAAGUUGAGUGAAGAUUCCAGGAAGUCCCAUCCUUGAAAAGACAGCAAUGGUGGAUUACUAUGAUAUUCUUGGAGUGUCGCGAAAUGCUUCUCAAGAUGAAAUCAAAAAGGCUUACCGGAAACAGGCACUGCGUUGGCACCCAGACAAAAAUCCCGAUAACAAGGAAAUGGCAGAGAGCAAAUUUAAAGAAAUAUCAGAAGCCUAUGAAGUAUUGUCAGACAGAAGCAAAAGAGAAAUAUAUGAUCGACGUGGAAAAGAAGGAUUAAGAGAAGGUGGUUUUGCCGAAUCUGGAUCUGCAGAUUUCCCUGGUUUCCACUUUACAUUCCGCAGCCCAGAUGAAGUCUUCAGAGAGUUUUUUGGAGGCAGAGACCCAUUUGCUGAUAUGUUUGAUGAUUUUGGCCCAUUUCCUGAGAUGAGCAGAGGAGCCUCUCAUGUUCAGCCUGGUUUUAGCAGUUUUUUCUCCUUUCCAAUGGCAUCAGAUUUUUCUUCAUUUUCAUCCACAUUGGGUGGCUCUGGUGGGGGUUUCCGGUCUGUAUCAACGUCCACUAGAAUAAUCAAUGGGAAAAAAACUACAGAAAAAAGGAUAGUUGAGAAUGGCCAAGAGAGAGUGGAGAUUGAAGAGGAUGGGCUGCUGAAGUGUAUUAAGAUAAAUGGGGUUGAAGACAAGGCCUUGCUUGCGCUGGAACUAGAGAAGAGAGGCAUCAGGCACUCAGCUGGGUCCGAACAGCCUGUGCAGCACUCCUUCAGCAGCUCACCUUAUGUCGAUAUAGAUGAAGAAGAUGAAGAUCUGCAGCUGGCCUUGGCUUGCAGCCUCUCUGAAAUGGAGGCAGCAGGCCAACAUGGAGCAGGUGCACACAGAACAGGGGCCAGACAGGGGAAAACAAAAAUGGGUGGGGGCAAAACAAGUCCACCUGUUUCUAGGGAUGUUUUAAAGAAUGGGGGCAAGGCAAAUCAGACACCCUGUAAAAAUUUGCAGGAGACAAAGGAGGAAAAGUUAAAUGACAAUGAGAGCACUCCUAGAACCACAAACCUGACAGACAAGGGAGAGACUCUAAAGGCAAGAGAAGAAAAGAUAAAGGACAAAGAAAACACACCAAGUUCCACAGACCCUAUAGAUGAGGGAAAGCCUGUAAAGACAAAGAAAAAAUGUUGUUCAGUAAGCUAGGGAGAAAGUUAAAACUGACUAAUGUGAGGAGAAACUCAAGGAAAAAAGCCAAAACCAGCAUCUUGUAUCUUUAUCUUCUUGGAUACGAGACCCGUAGCUUACAUUUAACACACAAUCCCAGUCAUUCUGCUUCUGCAGCAGUUGACCACUCAUCCAUUGGGUUAGAGCAUAUAGGGGGCCCAUCUGCAAAGCCUCCAGAGUUGAGGCUGUUGUGUGUGUGCUUAUGGCCUACAGUUUUACUUGCUAAUUUGUAGGUUUAAAAAGGACUGAUGAUUAGACUAAAUACCAACCAUGAUAUUAUGGUGCCUGUUUUUUAUCUUGUUGUCAAAAUACGAUUUUGAUACCUGGUCAUUUUGGUUCUUUGCUUACUGCAUGUCUGGUUCCUUUAGUCCCUUUAGCCAACUAAGAGUGAAUGCUUUGGCGUUUGCAGGCUGUCAUGAUAGUAGAACUGGUCUUGCUUUGCAGCGUUUGCCUCUUGGCCACCUUUGUCAAGUUUCAAAUGUUAAUUUUGCUGUCAGUUACUGCACCAAAAUAUAUGGAAGGUGAUUAUUAUGGGAGCAGUUUAUCAAAAAGACUAAUUAGUCCUUAAAAAGAGGAUGAUGAAGAGUGUAAAAAGUGCAGGUCUAAAUACAACAGGCUUUCAAAACGUUUAACAUUUCAAAGAAACUCCUUCAUGUUCCUUUAUAAACUUUGCUUUUUCUAAUUCAUACCAGUUCUCAACAAUCAAUUCUUAACACAGUAAUAACAAUGAAGCCAAAUUCCGUCUGCUUGUUCUGAUGGUGCAUGUUUUUAGUUAGCAGGUAACUAAGUGUAGUUCGACAGCUUUGAGGAUUUGAGGUAUAGGCCGUCAGUGUCUAGUGGUUAAGGCAAUGAAUUAUAAAACAAAAAUGAGCAGUUUAAGUGUUCCUCAUGAACUCCCUAGAUAACUAUGACCCGUAAAUUCACACUUACUGUAAAAAUGGGUAGAAACGGAAUACUCAUGACAAACCUUCAAAAUUGAAGAACUUUUAAUAAACUGAAGGCCACAGUGUCAUUUCAGUGGAGGAGCGUGUAUUGCAACCACAAUGCAAGUAUUAUAGUACUCUGUACACGUCAAUACUACUACUGUACAAAUAUAUAAAGGUAAAAAAUGGUGAACAUGAUGUGCACUGUGCAGCAAGUAACUGCAUCAUUUUGUUCAAUACUACAUACAGCUCUGGUUGCUCCCCUUGUUGCCACGUAUUUCUACCCUAAUUAUGCGUUGUUCUUAGUUGUCUUUUUCCUACUCUGUAUAUUGGAGCACCUGCAGCUUUUACCAUCACAUGAUCAGCCAGAAGUCAUACAGAGCAGAAUCCUACUCAUUACUUGAGCUUUGUCACUGUACCUCUGUAAAGUGCAUACGUCUUGGAUGAAAUAGAUGGGCUAGUGGUUGUGGUCGGAAACCAAAGGUGUAUAUUGGCCUUUUAUAGCAGCUGGUAGGACUCAAUUAGAACUGUGCCUACAAGUACAGUAUGUGCCUUAUGCAUCUCGCCUGUCAUUGUGGGCUUGUAUCGCCCACCCCAGUCAUAAUCCUAGAGAAAGGUCACAAUGAUUUGUAAAGUCUGUACUGGUUGUGAGAAUUCAUCUGCUGCUCUUGGCUACUAAGGCUAAAUAUGACUGCAGUUGAAUGUGACUCACUUUCGGAUUUCUGGCUCAUAAUGCAAUUUUUUUGAAUUGACUGUUUAAAUUAAUUUGUCAGCAACUGAAAUCCAAUAUAACCAUGUACAGUAUUGAUAUCUAUCUUGAAUCAAACAAAUGCAGCGGCAAGUGCUCAAAAGUGCUUUUAGUGGAAUCAUUAGUGCCAGAUCUGUAAGGAAUAAAAAACCUGGGGAGACGAGAGAGGAGCCAUAACUGGUGGAAACAUCAUGUGGAGGUGUUUGGUGCAAACGUUUAAGUUUCAAAAUGUUAAGGGGAGCGUUCAGUUAGGUAUGGAAGCAUCUGUCUGCAAGAUUCUCAGAAAAAUACACAUUUGAAGAGCAACAUUUCGGAAAAUACAUAGCAUAGCAAUUGAACUGUUUUGGCAGGCUUUUGUUUUCUUUUUGCAUUUUCUAAAAAGAUCAAUUUUGUGUCACAUGAGUAUUGUUAUAUUUGUUGGAUUGUUAUUUAUGUUGUAGCCUGUAAUGUGUUGCCCCUCAAAGUUCAUGACCAGUUGGUGUUCAUCCCAGCAGUAGCUACAAGGUAGUCUCUUUGGUCUUCAUAUUCAGUAGAUACAUAGCAGCAAUAUUACAUUUUAAACAGUAAAAAGAAAAUUUUAUAUCAUUGUGGAUGAAGAGAAAAUCAGUGUUAGUUAAAGAAAUUGUUUACUGUUCACUAAGCCUACCUCUCAUUUUUCAAUUUUUACCAAAAGACAAAGGUUGCACCAUUCAGUGAUUUAUUUGCACUGUUCUGUGGUCUGUGCUGUUUGAGCGAGUCCCAGCAGAUUUACAGUACAGUAAGCUUUUCAAUGAAUUCGACCUCAACUGCCAGACGUGGCUGUGAUUAUUAAGCAGUUUACUGUACAGUUUGUAACUAAUAUUGGAACCAAAAAGCAGUAAGAGUGAGUGUUGAUUAAAUUUCAGAAAUGAAAGGCAUUCCCCUCGUUUUAGAGGAGCAGAGGAGUUACCAACUAAGGGAUUUUGUAACUAUAUUUAAAAAGAUAAUCAUGUUAGAAUUAUAAAUCGAGAACUAAAUUAGCUCUGGAAGGCACACUGGUCAGCACUCCUUCCUCACUCUGGUAGAUUCCCUCUCUUGUUCUUCCUGCAUCACUAACACAAUUGAAGCGAGUAUGGCCUUUAAUGAACUGGUGUCUUGUUCAGGGUUCAUUCUUGCCUUGCACCUCAAUGUUGCUGCACUCUGCCAAAACCCUCCGUUAAAUUAAGUGGGUUGGGUAAUAGAUGGGAGAUUACUAUGCACACGCUACAUUUUAUUUUUUAAUUUCUGGGCCUAAGAAGGAUACAGACAGUGCCUUACUACAGACUCUGAAUUGUGUUCUUUUUAGUUCAAUACUUAAUACAUUUAACAUGGCUUUGAGGCACUAGGUGGUGCUGCACAGUAAUCUAAAUGUGUGUUAUUUUGGAAAGGACAUUGGAAUAUGAAGGGCUUCCAUUACUAUGUCAAAAGUGAAUGUAAACCUUUGAUUACUAACAGCUACAGAACUCGUCACCAAAUCAUGUUGCCAAAAUGUGUGGUGGAGAAAAGCUGUAAGUGGCAGCACUGUGGGAGGUGGGAAGGAACUUCUCAGAAUAUGAGCCUUUGUUCAUAAAUCAAAGGUGGUGCUUUGUCAGUUUAAUAGAAGUUGCCAAUAUUCAAACCAGAUUUGGCUCUGCCAACUCACUAGAUGGCAGAUUCUUUGGUUUUUAGAUAUGUGCCAUGCUUACUUGAUUUUUUUUUUUUUGCUUUGCUGGCCCACAGACAUAUUUGCUAAACCAAAAAAAAAAAACAUCAGGGCUGAAAUCCUGGUAGAUAUUAAUGUUCAUUUGACAAAGCUUCUUCAUU